AUGAGUUUUGGUUAAAUUGGAGAAGUUACUAGAUAUGAACUCAACUAAAUUAAUUCAAAUUUACAAGACAGCUACAAGGACAAGACUUAAUAAAAGAGUAAUUUUGAGAAAACCCCACCAUUUUUACCAUUUUAAUUCAAGCAAGUACUUGAUAGUUAAGCUAUAAAAGAUUUACAGAACUCUAUAAAAAUAGGAAAUAAUAGAUUCCUCGAUUAUCUCUAACCUUUGAGUAUUGGAAAAUUGAAAUAUAGUAAGCCUGUAGCUAUUAUAUACAACCCAAACUCCGGUAAAAAGAAAGAUAUUAAGAAGUACAUAAUGGACAAAUUCAAUAGAAACAAUAUAAAAUUUGAAAUUUUAGAAUCAAAGAAAGCUUUUGAUACUUUUACAAUACCCUUUAAAAUCGAUAUUGAAAAUUAUUCUGCAAUUGUUGCUGUUGGUGGAGAUGGGACAUUCCAUGAAGUUGUAAAUGGAAUGUUGAAUAGAGUGGACAAGUAAAAGUUGCCGAUAGCAUUCGUAGGUAAUGGCUCUGGAAAUGAUACCUUGAGAUAAUUUGGAGUUUUAGAUAUUGAUUAAGCACUCAAUUUUAUUGUAAAAGGAGAUCUGCUAAAGUAUGAUGUCGUUAAGAUUCUUAUAGAUUAUUAAAAUGAAAAAGACAUUCCAGACAAUGCUUUAUACAAUCAUCAUAGAUACUCAAUCAUUAACACAGUUAUAGGAUUAAUGGCUAAAAUAAAUCAUAAUGCUUAAAACUAUAAACAAUGGCCCCUAAUUAAUCCUUACCAAAUCUCGGCAUUUGUUGAAUUAACAAGACUUAAGCCAGAUAAGAUCAGCUUAGAAGUUGAUGGAAAAACGGUUUAGGAGGAUUUAGAUACUCUAGUUUUAGGAGUAAAUAAUUCCAAAUAUGGAGGAUCUGGGAUGGUGCUUUCUCCUUAUAGCUUUAUGAACGAUGGCAUGUAGGAUGCAUAUGUGCAUACAUAAAUGUUAGGAGUAUUAAAGAUUUUAGAUUUGAUUGACUAGUUGAAUAAGUAUCAAGGCAUGCAUGUUUAUGAAAAGGAUGCGAAGUUUUACAGAGGUAAAAACAUCAAAGUAUAUAACAGAAGUGAGAAAGUUUACUCCUGGUAGAGUCACAAGUUUGAGAGAUAAUUGCAAAGAAUUGCUAUUGAUGGAGAGAAUUUUGCUUACAAAGAUUUUGUGCAAUAUGAAACAUUGCCAGGUGAAAUUGAUGUUAUUGUAGAUUAUGAGUUUUUGUUGAAAAAAUUUGAAUGGUUUUCCCCAAAGUUGUGA